AUGGGGGAGCAAGCCGACGACGCGCCGCUCCUCUUCUGGGCCCAGGGCCCCGCCGUCUCCGCGCCGGAGCCGCUCGAGCCCGGCGGGUGGGGGGGCGCGCCAGGGGGCGGCGGCCAGGGGGCGCCGGGGCCGGCUCCUCCGGCCGGCCGCCUCCCGGACCCGGUGGAAGAGGACCAGAUCGUGGCGGUGUUCGUGGUCACCUUCGACCCCCGCGCCGGUAACAUGGUUGAAUGGUGUUUGCCACAAGACAUUGAUCUGGAAGGCGUCGAAUUCAAAUCUAUGGCCAGCGGGUCCCAUAAAGUUCAGUCGGAUUUCAUUUACUUCCGGAAAGGCCUUUGCUUUGGCUUGGCCUGUUUCGCCAACAUGCCCGUCGAAAGCGAGCUAGAGAGAGGCGCCCGCAUGAAGUCCGUGGGGAUCCUUUCUCCUUCCUACACCCUGUUAUAUAGAUAUAUGCACUUCCUAGAGAACCAGGUCAGACACCAGCUGGAGAUGCCAGGACACUACUCUCACCUAGAAGCGUUUUAUGAUGACAAGAAAGGGGUUCUCCCUGCUGGCAAGGGCACCUCUUCUCAGCAAGCCGUCCACUGGCUGCCUUCCAUUCACAGAUACAUGUACCCUGAGAUGAAGAUCACACAUCCCGCAGGCUGUAUGUCUCAGUUCAUCAAGUUCUUUGGUGAGCAGAUCCUCACUCUCUGGAAGUUUGCCCUUCUUCGCAAGCGAAUAUUGAUAUUUUCACCUCCUCCCAUUGGUGUGGUGUGCUAUAGAGUUUAUUGCUGCUGCUGCCUAGCCAAUGUCUCCUUGCCUGGCAUUGGUGGAACAGUCCCCGAGUCCAAGCCUUUCUUCUACGUCAACGUGGCGGAUAUUGAAAUGCUGGAGACUGAGGUGUCGUACGUGGCCUGCACGACGGAGAAGAUAUUUGAGGAGAAGCGGGACCUCUACGACGUCUACGUGGACAACCAGAAUGUGAAGACGCACCAUGAGCAUCUGCAGCCGCUCCUGAAGGUCAACAGUGCAGACAAGGAAAAGUACCGGAGGCUCAACGAUCAGAGACAGAUGCUGAUGUACUCCCAGGAAGUGGAUGGGGACUGCAGCUCUUGUGAAGAGGACCUCUUCAUCCUGUUUUUCAUGGAGCAGAACAACCGAAUAUUUCAGACGCUGAUGGAGGUGUCAGCCAGCCAGGACAAGACCCUGACAGCUGACCACGCCCGAGGAAUGGGCUUGGACCCCCAGGGAGACCGUAGCUUCCUCAUGGACCUGCUGGAAGUCUACGGCAUUGACGUCAUGCUGGUCAUCGAUAACCCUUGCUGCACUUAA